GGUAAAACCUCUGUACCUUGCCCAGGUGAAACUCUCCAACAACCCGCGCACCUACAAGUGUGGUUACGCCAAGCUUUGGGCCAUCCGACACAAUAUCGCUCAGGACCGAAUCUUCGGCAACGGAUGUCUGACAGAGGCUGGUAACCUGCCCAGCGAACUUGACUAAACUUGAGGACAGGUUAGGUCUAUGACUUCGUAAUAAGGACAGGUUAAGCCUGAGAUUGCUGCUCAUGUGAGCCACUAUUCAUUUACUUAGCUGUACUAUAGCGGAGCUGCCCGAAUUUGAUUGUCAUACUAUGAGGUUGGUUCGACAACACUACAUAUAGAAAGCAGAAUAGGACGUACACUUCGGCUCGCUCGUACGGCCGAACCAUUCCCAAUGAUGCCUCGGGAUGAGAAGAUGGAAGACGUACAAUAUUCUUCUGCAGCGACCCCGCCAUCUUCCUCCUCCGCCUCACCGAAUAAAACACGACCCAGACUGAAUCUGCGCAACUAUCAGAUGGAAGCAGUCCUUCAUAGACUGAAGGAAGAUCAUAGCUUAUGGGACUUGGUCCUCAAGAAAGCCGAGGGGGCCAAUGCGGACCAUAGUCCUAUGUGGGACGCACUCCUUCAAUUGGUUAUGUGGGAUAUUGCUCGCUUUCUGGAGGAGGCGGGUGUGAAAUGUAUAGAUUUGAUCACAGACGCUCUCAAACAGAGCAAAUGGAUCCCCUUAAUCGAGUUUGAUCUUGCUGACGCAUAUCGUACACCCUUUAUUGGUGGUGCACCUCACGCUUUCAUUGGGCAUCUCGACCAAAUCGACCGGGAGGCGGACUCCUUCCACAGUCCACGUUAUGCAAAAUUCCUCUCAGUAGUCCAAAGCUCUGGAGCCGGAAAAUCACGCAUGCUAACAGAGGUUGGCAGACAACUCUUUACCCUCCCUAUAUGUCUUCGUAGACCGGGUAGACCGGGUUACCCGUUAUCGGAUGCACUUGUCUCUGACUAUUUCCGCGAGCUCAAUUCUCAGUGCCACGGCUUAAAUGAUUCGAGCACACUUUCGGGCGCGGCUAGUUUCCUUACAGCUGCAUAUGAGACUAUGCUAGCUUCGCUUCGAAAAAUCCUCGACGAGGAGAAUUGCACAGGAGCAGAGAUUCUCAGUCGUUGGCACCAGAGAAUGGAGGGAGAUGACAUAGGAAAUUUUCGGGUGGAGUUCUUCAACGUCGUGAUGAAUCGAACCAAAGAGCUGCGAGCAUAUUAUGACGAAAAUCCGGGAAAUAGGGUCGAGGGGGAGAGCCCGGUCAAGCUGGCCAGGAGCUAUUAUGAGAAAGAUGCAAAAAACGCCGCCGACAACCUCAUGGGAUUCAUCAAGACCCUUACCUCUGGUGAUCCACUAUGCGUGAUAUACUUCGACGAAGCUCACGAGUUGGGGACAUGCUUCUGGAUCAUGUCGCUUUUAUUGCAAAACCAACCCAAAUUCGUAAGAAUGUGGUACAUCUUUCUGGAGACGGAAUCAAGCGUGAAACAUUUUCCACCUCGUCCAAAAGAUGUGACUUCCCUAAGACUCAUAGCGGAACUACGUCGAUUUGACCUCCCCUACUUUGCUCUUGGGUUUGAUCAGUAUGCCAUCGAGCAGGCCAAAGCCCCGACACUCGUCAAGAUGGGUGAUUUGGAAACGAUAAAACAUAUCAGUCAAUAUGGGCGGCCUUUGUGGCGCACAAUGUUUCCCAAGCUGGGUGACGGACUGGUGAAACUUGCGGCUUACAAGCUCACCGCCGGUAAAGGAUUCUUUGCUAUGAAUUUGCAUCAUGUUCUUUCCGUUCUUGCACAGCGGCUCUGCCUUAAUCUUGUUCUAGCGAGUGCCUGGGCCUCUGAGUUAGCCGUCCAGGGCGUCUCCCGUCACAUGAGACUUCUCACAGGCUUCAAGUUCUCGGCCGACAAUGCAAUCUUUUGCACCCAUUCGCCAUCGGAACCGAUUCUGGCUAUGGGCGCUGCACGAAUAUUGUACCAUCCUCGCGCGCCCAAAGGGCGGCUACCUUCAGUACUGCAGACGUUGAGCAAGAGUUUCUGCUCUGAAGGCUUGAUCGAAAGGGGCCGUCGGGGUGAACUUGCUGCCCGCUUCCUUCUCCUCAUCGCGCGCGACUAUGCGGCUCCAAUUGACAACGAGGGACACCGAAACCUGCUGAAACCAGUUCGCCUGCUGGAUGUCCUCCGAAUGCUUUUCGGCGACAAUGACUGGUGUGAUCAGAGCUUCAAAACGGCUUUCAGUGAUGCCUUUGUCAAUUUCACACACUGGAGCGUCACAAAGGACUUCUUACUUAAGACGCCUUCUCGGAAAUUACUUUCCAACCUCUGGGCUCGGGGGGUCAUAUUGCAGUGCUGCUUCAAUCAAACAUCCACCGAUUUUUUGUGCCCGGUUUAUUUUGGCUCUGUGGAACCUGACGCUAUCUUUGAUUGCGACCAGCUGUCGGGGCUCGUCGUUCAAGUCAAGAAUCAAAAGAAAGGGGAUGCUGGCACCCAAAAAAAACUGCGACUUGCCGGAAUCAUUUGUAACCCACGUCCUUAUCUCACCCUGUUGAUGGAGCUUGGUACUGAGUCCCAGCACGAAGGGGGCGGGCUAGUCAAGCAGUACCCCCCGGAACAUUCCCAACCCCCUGAAUAUGAACGAUCAAAGGGAGAGUACCAACAUGCUUCACACGAUUUAUCCCGGCAAUAUCCAGAGGAUGACGAACACUUGGAAGUGCUGGAGGCAGAUGUUCAAGCCAAAGAGCCAGAAAAGGGCUCAUAUAACUGCUACACGGUCUCUGCCCGAGGCGCAAGCUCUAAGACCUACAACAUACUAAAGGAGGCGGGAAUUGAGCAGGAAUUUGGGACCUUAUUCAGCAGCGUUGCACCUCGGGAAUCGCCUAGUGAGGAUGAGAUUGCUCCAAUGUGGCCUUCGAAUCACUUCGGGCAUGACGUCUCACAGAACCACUGGAUGGCCGAUUAUCCGCUUCAGUGAAAGAGGAUUUCCUGUCUAGAGUCCGUCUGUUGAAACUUCUCUGAAUGUAAAUUAACACGAG